GCAACAUGUCAUUGCCAACCACCGCUGAAAACUCCUAUUAAAAUGGCUCCUACAACAGAGCAGGCAUUGCAAUUCUGUAAACUGAGAAAAGAGGAUAUACCAAAUUUGUAAAAUGUCCACCAAUACUGGAAUUCUUCAGAGUAAGAACUUGACCAAGUAUAUACUGGAGACCAGUGUUUUUCCACGAGAACCAAAGAUUCUCAAAGAGUUAAGGGAUGCCACUGCAAGUCACCCUUGGGGCUUCAUGGGCACAGCACCCGAUGCAGGUCAGCUAAUGGCCUUACUCUUGAAGCUGCUGAAUGCUAAAAAGACAAUUGAGGUGGGAGUUUUCACUGGAUACUCUCUUCUCCUCACAGCACUUAGCACUCCUGAUGAUGGAAAGAUUGUAGCCAUCGAUCCAGACAGAGAAGCUUAUGAGAUAGGACAGCCAUUCAUAAAAAGGGCUGGUGUACAACACAAGAUUGACUUUAUAGAGUCUCCAGCUUUACCAGUUCUUGACAAACUCUUAGAAGAUCCUUCAAAUGUGGGAACUUUUGAGUUUGCCUUUGUUGAUGCUGAUAAACAUAAUUACUGGAAUUACCACGAGCGGUUGGUUAAACUGGUUAAGAUUGGAGGGUUGAUUAUCUAUGAUAACACCCUCUGGGGUGGAACUGUUUCCUGGCCUGAAGAGGAUGUUCCUGCAAACAAAAGAGAAUCCAGGCAAAGUGCACUGACUUUCAACAAAGCCAUUGCAGGCGAUUCACGCAUUGAGAUUUCUGUUGCUUCAGUAGGUGAUGGCUUCACCAUCUGCAGGCGUGCUCAUUGAUUCUUAUUUGCCUAUGUUGUAUUAUGGUUGAAGUUUUAUGCAAAUUUACCAAAUUCAUGUACUAGAUCAUGUUUGGCAGGAAGUAUUUAAGUGAAUAAAGCUAAUGGUUGUUACUAACAACUCAUUUUCCUA